AUGGCGGCGGCCCUCCGGCCGGUGGUCGCCUCCCUGCUGCUGCUGCUCCCCCUCGCCGGACGCGCGGCGGCCGACGGCUGCUCCAACAAGCUCCAGCCGGUUAAGGUGAAGAAGAACUGGGUGAGUGGAACCCAGGGCACGGCCGUUACUGGAAAGAGCACGACAUUCGGAGCCACCUUGCCCACAACUGUCAACGAGGCUCAGGGAACAUGCGCUGCCCUCACCUACCCUCUUGACCGCUACUCCAAUACAGCCUCAAAGUUAACGGUUUCUGUUGCCUUACCGACACGUGGACAGUGUGCUCUCACUGCUGAAGCGGAAACUGCACAGCCUGCUGAUGACCAAGAACUUCAUAAGACGGUUUGCAGUGUCAGUGAUCCUUCAAUUAACAAACCAAGUCGUCUGGUUGUGGACCCUUCACUAUGCUUCUUGUUCAUAAUGGCUGUAGGAACUAUAGUCUGCUCCUCACUCUGGGGUGAAUUCGUUGCAUGCCAACAGAUUGAUGGGCGUUAUAAUCAGCUGACAUGGCAGCAGGGACCGAAUUCUGGAACAAACGGCAGACAAGAUAAACAAAUCAUUGAAAUCACCGCAAAGAGAGCUGGUUUUCAAAUUGUAGGAUGGUCAGUUUUCCUUCUCCUGUUCUACUUCAUGUCGUCUUGGGUCGCCUGGCUACUGAUUGUAUUGUUCUGCAUUGGUGGUAUUCAGGGUAUGCAUGUUUGCUUGGUGACAAUUAUCUCUAGGAUUUAUAAGGAUUGGAGAAAUAACACUGUACAAUUGCCGUUGUACGGGGAGGUCUUAACCUUGUCUCUUGGAGUGGCACCAUUCUGUACGGUAUUUGCCAUUCUAUGGGCUGCUUAUCGGCAUUCUUCGUUUGCUUGGAUAGGUCAAGACAUCCUUGGUAUCUGCUGGAUGAUAAACAUAAUUCAGAAGGAGCAUUUACCUAAUAUCAGGGUUGCAUCGGUUCUUCUUGGUGGUGCAUUUGUGUAUGACAUCUUCUGGGUCUUCAUUUCACCUCUUAUAUUCCAUGAGAGUGUUAUGCUUGCAGUUGCAAGUGGUGGCAGCUCAGGGGAAGUGAUUCCGAUGCUCCUAAGAAUACCUCGUUUCUUUGAUCCAUUGGGUGGAUAUGCCAUGUUAGGCUUUGGUGAUAUUAUUUCCCCUGGACAUCUCAUCGCAUUCAGCUACAGGCCUUUUCCUUGCCUGUCUUGGGUUCUUCCUAAUGGAUGGACAUGGUCAACCAGCGAUGAUGUACCUAGUACCAUGCACCCUAGAACUUUGUAA